UGGUUGGCCUGAAGAGAAAAGGCUCUGGGUGACUCAGGAACUUCUUUGGCAGCUGAUAUUUCAACAGCGGGCACACACCCCCUCUUACCAAGGGUACUUCCCCAGCCUUCCCAGGGAACUAACAAGUGCCUCCAGGCUCCCUGCUUGAUGCCACUCUCUGGACCUGCUUUGGGGGUCUAAAUGCAAGAGAGCCGUGUGUCGUGUGUUGGAUAACUAGCGAUGGAAGAAAAAACCUCUAGGAGAGCAGCAACAGAAGAGACAGCUAAUAAGACCAAGUGAGGCCUGAUACCUUGUGGACAGUGGUGUCAUUAGCUGCGACGCCUAAGAUGUCUCAAGAGAUGGGAGAACUCACCCAAACCAGAUUGCAGAAGAUCUGGAUUCCACACAACGAUGGCAACAGCAGGCUGCAACGCAGGAGGGGCUCAUCCAUACCCCAGUUUACAAAUUCCCCCACGAUGGUGAUAAUGGUGGGUUUACCAGCUCGAGGAAAGACCUACAUCUCCACGAAGCUCACACGAUAUCUCAACUGGAUAGGAACACCAACUAAAGAUUGUGAACUCCUUGGAACCCCAUCAUGCAGAUCUGGUUCAUCUUUGACACCCCAGAACUCAUGUCCUGUUUCACAAAGGCUCCUACUUUCAGUGUUUAAUUUAGGCCAGUAUCGACGAGAGGCAGUGAGCUACAAGAACUACGAAUUCUUUCUCCCAGACAACAUGGAGGCCCUACUUAUCAGGAAGCAAUGUGCCCUCGCAGCCCUGAAAGAUGUCCAUAACUAUCUGAGCUGUGAGGAAGGUCAUGUUGCGGUUUUUGAUGCCACCAACACUACCAGAGAACGACGGUCACUGAUUCUGCAGUUUGCUAAAGAACAUGGUUACAAGGUCUUUUUCAUCGAGUCCAUUUGUAAUGACCCUGACGUCAUUGCAGAAAACAUCAGGCAAGUGAAACUUGGCAGCCCUGAUUACAUAGACUGUGACCGUGAAAAGGUUCUGGAAGACUUUCUAAAGAGAAUCGAGUGCUAUGAGGUCAACUACCAACCCUUGGAUGAUGAACUAGACAGCCACCUGUCCUACAUCAAGAUCUUCGACGUGGGCACACGCUACAUGGUGAACCGAGUGCAGGACCACAUCCAGAGCCGCACAGUCUACUAUCUCAUGAACAUCCACGUCACACCCCGCUCCAUCUACCUAUGCCGGCACGGUGAGAGUGAACUCAACCUCAGAGGCCGCAUUGGAGGUGACUCUGGCCUCUCAGCUCAGGGCAAGCAGUAUGCCUAUGCCCUGGCCAACUUCAUUCAGUCCCAGGGCAUCAGCUCCCUGAAGGUGUGGACCAGCCACAUGAAGAGGACUAUCCAGACAGCUGAAGCCCUGGGUGUUCCCUAUGAGCAGUGGAAGGCCCUGAAUGAGAUUGAUGCGGUGAGAUGGAGGCGGAUGGAUUUCCCGGGUGUCUGUGAGGAGAUGACCUACGAAGAAAUCCAAGAACACUACCCUGAAGAAUUUGCACUACGAGACCAAGAUAAAUAUCGCUACCGCUAUCCCAAGGGAGAGUCCUAUGAGGAUCUGGUCCAGCGUCUGGAGCCAGUUAUAAUGGAGCUAGAACGGCAGGAAAAUGUAUUGGUGAUCUGCCACCAGGCUGUCAUGCGGUGCCUCCUGGCCUACUUCCUGGACAAGAGCUCAGACCCCUCAGAUCCAAAAGAAUUCUAGGCAUGGCCCCUCUGAUGUUCUUGCCCUUCAAUCCUCAUGAUUCACCCAUACCAGGAAGCCCUCCCUUGAGAACCACUCUACCAAGGUCAAUAGGAAGAGACAAGCAACAACAGGGAAGUUUCUGGAGAUACAGAAAACUUGACAGUAGGAAUGACCUGCCCCGGGCUUCUACAACAUCCAGUCAAUCAUAAUCAGGCACCACUACUAUGUGUAGGGCUCCAACUACAUGUGGGAUAUGGAAAAGGGGUUUUUAGGCUCCGUCUUUCCUGACUUCCUAGAGGAUGUGGGGAGAGGACAGGGAUGGAGUAGUACCAUGGACAAAAGCAGAAGCCUCCCUCCCAUCCCAGCCCCUUUCCAGCUUACGUUCCCAGGAUGCCUGCAGAGGAUUCCUGAAUGCUGAUGAGAAUAUACAAGCUACUUUGUUUAUCAAUUUCCUUCAGAUUGACUCGAAACAUCUGCCAAGUAAAAUAAUAGCCUGUGAGGUCACAAAAUUCAGCCUAGGCAGUGAAAUAAUGCAUGUAAAGCACUUAACUAACACAGCAAACAGGUAACAAAUGUAUUAUUGUUAUCAAAAUAGUCUUUAUGCUUAAUGGGACUCUAAGGAGACAGAGAAUGGGGGAUGGAAGGGAGAGGUGAGCAUUUGAAAUACACUACAGGACAUGUCCAGCAGUAGACAGAAGCCAGGACUAAGCUGGGUGGCUUGGGUCCUAGCUGUACUUGCUGUGUGACCCGAGGCUAGUCUACGUCCCUCCGUAGGCCAUCGUCUGCUCAUUUGCACAGUGAUGGGGCUGGAUUAGGGAGUCUCUGUGGUCUCCCCAAAGGGACAUGUACACCUUUGUUCCAUUCAAGACUUCCCCAUUGUGCCCAUCCCACAGAGGAUGUCCCUUCACCUUCUCCAGAGCAUAGCUUGCUCAUUCAAUGAUCUCUGGGAAAUAUUCAUCAUAUUCUUGGAUGACAUCCUUCAGCAUGUCUGCAGGAAGGGAGAGCUGGGAGCAGCUGGGCUGAGAAGGGGCCACAGAGCUGCAGCCCUUUUGCCAGCCCUAUGGGGUUAGUGUAGUCUGAGUCCUGAACUGUGUUAAUGGGUGAUGCCUGCCAUGACAGAGUGUGAAAAGGGCAGGGGAGGAUAGAUGAGAGAAUGAAGAGGCCAUAAAACUAAAUGGUUACCCCCAGGGCAGGGAGGAGAGGGGAGUAGAAAGGAGAGCUCAGGGAGUAGGGUUGGUAUGACUCUACCUGAGCGCUUGAUGGGGAUCUUUGUCUGGUCCUUAA